AUGGGUGACCUGAAGACCUUUUCGAACCCAGAUGUUCCGGGUUACUUGGGGUUCGCCAAUUUGCCGAAUCAGGUUCAUCGCAAGUUCGUCAAGAAGGGAUUUGAAUUCACCUUGAUGAUAGUUGGAGAGUCCGGGCUUGGGAAAACAACGCUGGUCAACAGCCUUUUCCUGACUGAUUUGUACCCGGAACGUGUGAUUCCGAAUGCGGCUGACAAAACCAAGGCGACUGUGAAGAUUGAGGCGUCGACGGUGGAGAUUGAGGAGCGCGGCGUGAAACUGCGGCUGACUGUCGUGGACACGCCGGGAUUCGGGGACAGCAUCAACAGCACGGAUUGUUUCCAGACCAUCAUCCAGUACAUCGACGACCAGUACGAGCGGUAUUUGCAGGACGAGAGUGGACUGAAUCGGAGGAACAUUGUGGACAACCGGGUCCAUUGCUGCUUCUACUUUAUUUCUCCCUUUGGCCACGGGUUGAAGCCGUUGGACAUAGACUUUAUGAAGCAGUUGCACGCCAAGGUGAACAUCGUGCCGGUGAUUGCCAAGGCGGACACGCUGACGCGGAAGGAGGUGCUCGCUCUCAAGACGCGCGUGGUGGAGCAGAUUCAAGAGCACGGGAUCCGAGUGUACACCAUUCCCGACUGCGACUCGGACGAGGACGAAGAGUACAAGGAGCAGAUCCGGAUCCUCAAGGCCUCGGUGCCGUUUGCCGUCUGCGGCUCGAACCAGCAGUUUGACGUCAAGGGCAAGAAGGUGCGCGGGCGGAUGUACCCCUGGGGCGUGGUGGAGGUGGAGAACCCGGACCAUUGCGACUUUAUCAAACUGCGAGCCAUGCUGGUGAUGCACAUGCAGGACCUGCAGGAAGUGACGCAGGACCUGCACUAUGAGAACUACAGGUCGGAGCGACUGGCGACCAAGAACAACACCAACACGGCGACAUCGACGACGACGACGACGACGAUGAUGAUGAUGGCGGCGGCGAGCAAUGGCAUGAAGCAUCACGGACUGUCGUCUGGGGAUGGAGUGUCUCGAAGGAUGGGAGGAGGAGGCGGCGGCGACGACGUGGAUGGGCUGUUGUCAGACAAGGACCGGCUGUUGAAGGAGAAGGAGGAGAAGCUGAGAGAGAUGGAGGCCAUGUUGUCCAUGAUGAAGCAGCAGAUGAACUCGCAGGCCUGA